AUGGAUUUCGACAACGAAUCGUUGCUGAGAUGCUUCUGCUCCGAAGAGGAAGAGCGGGACAUAAUAGCUUGGAACAAGGAGAACGGGCAUGCGCGAUCGGAUGUCUUCGAGUUCAGACUCGAGGAAGCAGACAAGCUUCGAGAGGAGGGGAACGAACUCUUCAAGUCUGGGGAUUUUGACACCGCCCGGCAGCGGUACUACGGAGCUGUGUGGCACCUGGACUUCGACAUCGGACAGCAGUGGAAUCUAAUGGACCAUCACCAGCUUGACCUGAACACAAGGAAGCUGAAAGUCGUCAGCAACAUCUGCGGCGCGUACCUGAAAGCCCAGGACUGGGUAAACACCAAGAGGGCCGCUGACAUUGGUCUGCGGCACAUGGAAAAGGCUGGCCUCACGGACAAUGAUGCCAAAGGAAAGUUCUUGUACAGAAAAGGUUUUGCAAAUCUCCAACGUGGGUUUGCAGAGGACGCCGUCGAAGCCUUGAAGCAGGCGGAUAGCUUGAUCCCUGGGGACCGGCAGCUGCGCUUGGCGCUCAAAGAGGCAUCCGACCUUCAGAAGAAGGAUCGACAAAAGGCAAAGGAAGUUUGGAAAAGCAAGCUCCUGUCAGAAGACGAGAAGGCCUGCCAGGGCUCGUGGACGGAGCCAGCGGUGGCUUCAGCCCGCUUGAAGUUCACGCUGCGGCGCUGCUGUCGCAGAUGGAAGAAGGACUGA